AUGGCCCGAAUCCUGUCUUUUCUCUCCUUAAUCCUCGCCAUUAUUCUUUCUCCUACUUCCUCUAUCAAGCUGCCCAUAUAUGGUGUUUGGAAAGGUUCCCCAGUCCGUUUCUUUGCACCCCGAGGCUACUCAAAGCAAGCCGUUGUCUCCGCCCUACUCACCAUCCAAGACGGCAAUGAAUACUACAUCAGUCCCACUCCUACACCCCUGCCUUCCCGGAACAUAUUUGUCAACCUUGAAAUGAAGGCGCCCGACCUCGACGACAUCCGUAUCGUUUACUGGAUCGACCGCAACUUCACUGCCCCCCUUGUUACGGAUAGUUUUCUCCUCGCAAACCUCAGUCCGGGCUUCCACGAGAUCCCCGCGGCGAUAGAGAGCCCCCACCACGUACCAGCCCUCGACAUGAUCUCGGACGGUUUCAUUGCGAUGAAUCAGGGCAAAUUCGCAGUCUACGAAGAGCCUGAAAGCGCAGAAGACGUUGUUGAAGUGCUGCAUUCCUUCUUCGACCCGGCUGUCGAGGCGUUGGCGGACGUCUGGGUCUGGGGAGAGCGAGGAAGCAAAAACGGCCUACAUGUUGUAAAAGUUCGUAUGAACCAAGGGUAUUUCGGAACGCUCGCCAAGUACAAUGGGCGGGACCAGGAUGGGGGCAUAAUUGUCAAGUAUCAUGACCAUUGGGAGGCGCUUUUCAUGGCGUUUCCUCAGCAGGCAAGCGUCACAAAUGAGGCGGGUGAGCCCAACGGCCCGCUGCUCGGCAUUGUCGCGGGGAAUAGAAACUGA